AUGGAUCCCCAAUUGGCAGAGUCCAAGAAACGCAAAAGGAAGCGGACAAAGCCCACAGAGGCUAGAACCGAAACGCAACCAGCACCGUCUGCCCCAAGCGACCACAUUCAAGCGUCCUCAAAGGAACCUCAGGAAAAGAGCAAGAAGAGACGGAAGACGUCUCAUUCGAGCGAAGAGGAAGACAAUGUGGAGAUGACUGCUUCGACCAAAGCCGUGGACGAUGCUGCGGGAGAAACAGAGGAAGAAUCUUCGGACAGCGAGGUGGAUGGCGCAGUCGACGACAAAGACGACGCAGGCCCUGAACUCGAAGAAACAGUCAACACCACAACCAUGAGCACAGAAAUCACCUCUGCGCCCGCUCCCGCCGACCUGCCUACAGACGCUGCUCCUUCGCUGCCGGGCACCGAAACUACCCCGCAGGCCUUCUCGGAACUUGGCCUGUCGGAAAAGACUAUGAAAGCCAUCACGGAAAUGGGCUUCACCAGCAUGACCGAGAUCCAAAGGCGAGGCAUCCCGCCGCUGAUGGCAGGUCGGGACGUUCUGGGAGCUGCCAAAACUGGGUCGGGUAAGACGCUCGCCUUCCUCAUCCCGGCAGUGGAAAUGCUGCACGCUCUCCGAUUCAAACCACGCAACGGGACUGGUGUCAUCGUCGUCUCGCCCACACGAGAACUGGCUCUGCAAAUCUUCGGUGUGGCCCGCGACCUCAUGCAAUUCCACAGCCAGACGUUUGGGAUCGUCAUUGGGGGCGCCAACCGCAGCGCCGAGGCCGACAAGCUCACCAAGGGCGUCAACCUGCUGAUCGCCACGCCGGGUCGGUUGCUCGACCACCUUCAAAACACCAAGGGCUUCGUGUACAAGAACGUGAAGGCGCUCGUGAUCGACGAAGCCGACCGCAUCCUGGAAGUCGGGUUCGAGGACGAGAUGCGGCAGAUCGUCAAGAUCCUUCCGGACCGUGACCACCGCCAGACGAUGCUGUUUAGUGCGACGCAGACCACCAAGGUGGAGGACCUGGCGCGCAUCUCGCUCCGACCCGGCCCGCUCUACAUCAACGUCGACCACAAGAAGGAGCACAGCACGGUCGAAGGCCUCGAGCAGGGCUACGUGAUCUGCGACUCAGACAAGCGGUUCCUGCUGCUGUUCAGCUUCCUGAAGCGCAACCUGAAGAAGAAGGUCAUCGUGUUCAUGAGCAGCUGCAACUGCGUCAAGUACCACUGCGAGCUGCUCAACUACAUCGACCUGCCCGUGCUGGAGCUGCACGGCAACCUCAAGCAGCAAAAGCGCACCAACACCUUCUUCGAGUUCUGCAACGCCACCCACGGCACCCUGAUCUGCACCGACGUCGCCGCCCGGGGGCUCGACAUCCCCGCCGUCGACUGGAUCGUGCAGUUCGACCCCCCCGACGACCCGCGCGACUACAUCCACCGCGUGGGCCGCACCGCGCGCGGCGCCAACGGCAAGGGCCGCAGUCUGAUGUUCCUGCAGCCCAGCGAGGUCGGCUUCCUCACUCAGUUGAAAGAGGCCCGCGUGCCCGUCGUCGAGUUCGACUUCCCGGCCAAGAAGCUGGUCAACAUCCAGAGCCAGCUGGAGAAGUUGAUUGGCCAGAACUAUUACUUGAACAAGUCCGCCAAGGAUGGCUACCGCUCGUACCUGCAAGCCUACGCCUCACACAGCCUGCGCUCCGUCUUCGACGUGAACAAACUUGACCUGGUCAAGGUCGCAAAGAGCUUCGGCUUCCCCACACCGCCGAGGGUGGACAUCCAGUUGGGCGCGAGCAUGCGGGACAAGAAGCAGAGCCACCCCGCGAGGAGGAGUUAUGGGAGCCAGCCGAGACAGAAAAAUGGGUUCAAGAGGAGAUGA